AUGGCGAAGGUGGCCAGUAAAUCACAGGAGCCUAAUGAAGAUGUGGACAAGCAGACCCCAUCAACCCCAAGAACCAAAGGGAGGAAGAAAGGGAAGACUCCCUGUCAACCAAGAUCCAGAAGUGGUGUUAAGGGGCUAAAGACCACCAUGAAGGCAAAAAGACCCCUUCGAGGAAGCUCAAGCCAAAAAGCCUCUGAAACUGACACCCCUACAAGAAAACUUAAGAAAGCUAAAGGGCCAAUACUGUAUGGUCAUUAUCACCGGCUGAAAGAAAAAAUGAAGAAAGAAGAGGCAGAAAAAGACCAAAAGACUGAGGAGAACUCCAGCGUUUCAAGUGAUGACCUGAGCAGCCAAUAA